GGCUAACACGGGAGCCGACCCUCAGGUAGCCGUGCUCUGCGAAGCUGGCGCCACCUACCACCCGCAAUACAUGUCCGCGGUGGGCCGAUGGACGCCCGACCUCACCACCAAGCCGCACAACUGCUUGAAGGACAAGAUGGAGAUCCUGGACUAUUGCAAGAAGGUGUACCCCAGCCACGACAUCACCAACAUCGUGGAGGCCUCGCACUACGUGAAGGUCAGCAACUGGUGCAAGCUCGGCGCCGGCAGCGCUUCGAAGUGCAAGGUCACUCGAUGGGUCAAGCCAUUCCGCUGUCUUGAAGGUCCAUUCCAAUCGGAUGCGCUGCUGGUUCCUGAGAGCUGCCUCUUCGACCACAUCCACAACCAGAGCCGGUGCUGGCAAUUCGCGAGGUGGAACGCGACGGCUGGCCGCGCCUGCGCGCAACGAGGCCUGCGACUGAGGACCUUUGCGAUGCUACUGCCAUGUGGAAUCAGCCUGUUCUCUGGUGUCGAGUUCGUCUGCUGCCCAAAGCAUUUUAAAGAAAACGUGAAGCUACAUAAGCCCAUGGACGUCGGAGUACCAGUCAGCCCUGGAGGUGAAGAGAUGCUCGCCGCUUCUGCAGCGAUGGACGAGCGUGAUGACGACUUGCUCGACGAUGAUGACGCUCUGGACGAUGAUGACGAUGACGACACCCUGAACCUGAGCGACGACGACGACGAUGAUGAUACUGACGAUGAUAUGGAUGAAGACGAAGACGCGGACUUAUCUCGCGACGACGACGCUGAAGACGACGAUUAUACCGACGCCGACGACAGCGCGUGGCCCCGCCCUGAAUCUUCUGCUGCACCGUCCACCACUACCACGUCGACCACCACCACCACUACUACAGUGGCGUCCACGGCUACAUCGGACCCGUACUUCUCUCACUUCGACCCUCGUACUGAGCACCAGAGCUACAAGGAUGCCCAACAACGCCUCGAGGAAACCCACCGCGAAAAGAUCACCAAGGUGAUGAAGGAGUGGUCCGAGCUGGAAGACCGCUACCAGCAGAUGAUGAACACCGACCCGGCCGCCGCGCAGACCUUCCGCCAACGCAUGACCGCCAAGUUUCAGGCUAACGUGCAGUCUCUCGAAGAAGAAGGCGUAGCGGAACGCCGCCGGCUGGCCGCCCUUCAUCAACAGCGAGUCUUGGCUCACCUCGCUCAACGUCGUCGCACUGCGCUUUCUUGCUACACUCGCUCUCUCCGCGACACGCCACCCAAUGCCCAUCGCGUGCAGAAGUGCCUCCAGCGCCUCGUGCGAGCUCUGGCCGCUGAGCGAAGUGGAGCCCUGGCCGCUUGGAGACGUGCCGCCGCCGCUGGGCGUGAAGCUGCUGCUGCUGAGCGCGCCAGCGCUGCUGAUAGACUGCAGGACGCCGACCGCGCUCUCCAACGCGCCCUGACUGCUCUUCGUCGCCGCCCUCACCUCUACGCCAGCAUUGGAACCGCCAUUGAAGACUAUGUUCAGUCCAUGCAGUCCAAGGACGACAUGGCUGUGUCCCUGAUGUCCAUGACCCCUGAGGCCGAGGAGCUGCUCUUGGACAGGAUCGAGGCUGAGGUCCAGAGGGAACAGGCGGCCAGGGAACAACUGAACACCAAGAGGGACCAGCGCACGCGGCAGAGACAGGACAUCCAGAAUGAGAGGGCCAAGACUUCCAACGGCAUCCACGAGAGCGAGGAGUCCGACGAUGAAGCCCGUGAGACUGAAGCCGAGGUCUCAGAGGCCAGCGCCGCGCCGCGCACCGCCGCGCCCUCCGCCGCGCCCUCCUCGCCCGAGCCCGAGCCCUCCUCCCGGGAACCUACCACGCACGCGCCCUACACGCAGGACACCUCUACCACGGAAAUCAUUACGAGCACGGUGACUGAAGCCCCCGAGAGCGAGACUCCCGAGACCAACGAGCCCAGCGAGACUUCCAGCCGCCGAUCGACUAGCGAGACGGAAGGCUCAGGCCUUCGCCAGGCAUUAGAGCAGGCCGAGGAGCGCGCGCCGCCGCCGCCCGCGCACGCGCUCAAGCACGAGCUCCAGCACUCGCAGCCAGUACGUAUUGUGUUCAUUGGCUACACAAUCCGCGGCACGGGCCCCAACGCACCCGGUUCCGGCGCCGGCGCCUUGUACCCGGCUCUGUGUGUAGGAGGCGCCGCUCUGGCCGCCGCUGCUUGCGUGGCACUGGCCGUAGCGCGCCGCCGUGACCGCGCGCCGCAAGCCCAGGGAUUCGUGCAGGUGGAGCAGACGGGCGCAGUGGCACCGACCCCCGAGGAGCGACACGUGGCCAACAUGCAGAUCAACGGCUACGAGAACCCCACCUACAAGUACUUCGAGGUCAAGGAGUAAGCGCGUCCGGCCCGCCGCCCCCCACUAGAUGUGUCACUUUUGUACCUAUCGCCUAGCCGGGCCAGUAGUGCGAUCACAGAUUUAUAGACCAACUGGAUACACGCCACUUUGACAUCUAUCGUCAUUUACUGAGGUAAAGUCUGGUCCGUGAGCACGUAGAAUUUUGUCCAAUGACCCCAAGCUACCUAUCCUUAUC